AGGCAUUUGUUGGGGGAGACAGGACGGAUACCCAUCCCUGUCUUUUGCCCUUCAAACAGCCGAGGUCCAAUGUCUUAGCUCCGACGGAGAGGCCGAGUCCAUUGGGUCCCGGUGUUUGACGCGCCCAACCCGGGCCAUCAACCGGGCGGUUAAUCAAAUUCCCAGUCAGCCAGUUAAACCGAACGGAUACACAAGAGACGAGAUCUCGACGGUGACAUAACUGAUAGUAUCAAGGGAACUCACAUUGAGAUAAACCUCUUCAUCAUGGGCAAAUCUAAUACAGACGGUCUCAUCCAUUUCUCGAAAGCAACGGAAAUCGAGCGGGUCGGCUCACACACGUACAGAGCCAAUCUUGUCGACUCCUUCUGCAUUGGAACUGUACCCAAUGGGGGCUAUGUGGCGUCGUGUAUCCUGAAGGCAGCGAGCCUCCAUCUUGAAAAAGCGGGACAAAGGGAUGUUUUGAACGCCCACUUCCAGUUCCUGAAUCGUACCGAAAUAGGGCCAGCGAUUAUCAUCAUCGAGGACGUCAAACUCGGCCGCCAGCUCUCAACCCUCCAUAUAACCCUCUACCAACAUGCACUCUUGCCCACGGCUCCAUGGAUCACACAGGGGUCGACACGCAAGGAGGUUGCCGGGUACUUCACCAUGACGAACUUGAAGAAGGAGAGAGGCAUCUCGUUGCCCACGGGAUUCACUUUGCAACACCCGGUUCCGGCGCCUCCGCGGCCGGACUUUGCCGCGCUAAGGGAAGACCGUGAUGCCCAUUGGUCUCGGUAUGAGUUCCCCGGCGGAAGCCCGCUGAGCUACGCGCGAUGCCUGCGGAAUUGCAUCUACUACGACCCCCGGGGCGGACGGACAACGAAGUCCGUCCUCGAUAAGUGGGUACGGCUAGCGUCUGGCGAGAACUUCACGGCCGCCUCGUUGGGGUACGUCGCCGACUGCUGGCCGUACGUGGUCGAGGCCCAGCGGCCGACCAAAAAGGAGGCCGCCGAGCUGCAAAGUCGAGGCGAGACCGUCCCGUUCGCCCCCGGCGCCACCUUCUGGUAUCCAACCGUGGUGCUCAACCUCGAAAUCAAAAAGGCGCUACCGGAGGGGGGGCUGGAGUGGUUGCAGAUGCGGGUUCACUCAAAGCAAAUCAAAGACGGCCGGUUCGAUCUUGAGGUGCUGCUGCUCGACCAAGACGGAGACUUGGUUGCGCUCAGCAACCACGUCAAUUUGAUUCUCGGAAGCGAGAGAAACACAGCCGAUAGGACCAGAGGUGGUGAUGCAGCAAAGGGACAGCUGAGUCGCAUCUGAGCUGCAAGUCUUGCUAACUCGGGCUUCGGGUUUUCCUUGAGUCGGAGGUAGUGUAAUACUUUGGUACCUACCAGGUAGUCAACGGGUCGCGGGAAGUACGGCAACAGUUUCGCUCGGGCUUGGAGCUGUUGUUCCCUAACAAUUUGAGAAGUUACUUAAUAUCAACAUGUC